AUGCUCUGGGCCAUCGCUGAAUAUUUCCAAGAGAAAAGCUGUGCGACACUUCCCACUCGACUACUAGAUUUACAGUGUCCCGACGGAAAAAUACAUCUCGUAGAGCCUGCGCCAGGCUCCAGCGGCAUUUAUGCUACUCUGAGCUACCGCUGGGGAGCUCGUCGUGAUCAUCUCACAACCAAGGAUACACUGAGUCAACAUAUCCAGGAAGUUCCAGCUGGUCACCUUCCUCGCGUAUUCCAAGACGCCAUCGAACUCUGCAGAUGCCUAGAUGUUCAGUAUUUAUGGAUCGAUUCUCUCUGCAUAAUCCAGGAUGAUACCGAAGAUUGGGAACGAGAGUCGAGUUUGAUGGGAAGCAUCUAUACCCAUUCCAUUUUCACUAUUGCCGCCCACACCGCCGGAUCAGAUGAAGAGGGGUUUCUUCACAAUUAUAAUCCUCUUUUCCAUGUGAUUCGGCGCGACGGUUCCGGGCAGCUUUGGAAGAUUGCUCUAUCCCGAGGCUUCGAGGCUGAGAUGACCAGCAACAGUUCAAUCAGCCACCGUGGAUGGGUACUACAAGAGCGUUUACUCUCCAAGAGAAUACUGCAUUUCCUCCCCUCGGCAGUAUACAUUGAGACGAAAGAUGGAGUCACGGAACUUGGCCGCAAACGAGACAUUCGCGAUGCCCGCACCCCCAUGCUCGCAAGACCACUUUCCGACGAUGAUAGCAAGAUGAUUGCGCUUCGAAGUUUAAAAUCACUAUCACAAUGGUUUGCGAUAGUGGAAAUCUAUUCUAGAUGCGGACUGACUAACGAUCGAGAUAAACUACCAGCCAUGACUGGUAUAGCUACCAAGUUACAAAUGAUAUCACGCGAUGGCUACAUUUCUGGGCUGUGGAUCAAUGGCGAUAUUCCAUCUCAGCUUGUUUGGUACACAGCUGAUGGGACAUCUGCUAAGCGACCCAAGCCUCUCAGAGCCCCAAGUCUAUCUUGGGCUUCCUUGGAUGGUUCGAUCAAGUACUUUCUUCCCCUUAACAAAGAGGAGGAGGAAUAUCGCGCCUUUCUCAAAUCUAAGGCACCCAUAAGUUAUCAUCGGCUCCCAAUGACGGGCCAACAUCUUAUCAGUCUUGACAAAGACCACCUAAUCAACACCAUAAGUCAUCGGGACACGUCUGAACCCUACCAGAUCCAAGAGAACAUAUCACUUUUGUUUCAUGGAACACUUGUUGAUUUACCGCGUCUCGGGAGGCGAUCGAAGCCGAGCAAUGAACCCCCACACGAAGAUUUGUGGACAACGAUCGAUGGAGUAUUCGAUGCUCUGCGAAGCGUGCAGUUCUAUCGUCCAAUAGAGUUGGGCGGAGAGACGAUUGGCGUGGUUUUUCUUGAUGAGGACUCUGACGAGGAUGUUUCAGGAACGAAGUUUCAGUUUGUUUCAGUGGGGGCUUUUGCUAAACUGGUUGUAGGGUUGAUCGUCGUAGAAGAUGAGGAUAAUAAGGGCACGUUGAGAAGAGCUGGACUAGGUCUUUUGAUAAGGAGGUUCAGGUCGGGAACCCCUGUGCUGGAAUCGGGCAAUCGAAGACAGCCAAUCUUGUUCUCCUAA